CUACAGUCCCUCCGCAUUCUAAGUUGUUUUAUGAUGUUGGAAUGUUAGAUUUUAUCAAGGAAAAAGGACCAUGGGAGAUGACUGAUCAGGAGAAAAUUGAGGUUGCUGGGAGAAAGAAAGAAGAAGGCAAUUUGCUCUUUAAAGAAGGGAAGUAUCAACGAGCUAGGAAAAAAUAUGACCGGGUAGCGGACAUUGUGAGUGAAGAGGGAUCCUUUGGGGAUAAUGACCAAAAGUCUGUUAAGUUGUUGAGAAUUUCUUGCUGGUUGAACGGUGCAGCUUGUAGUCUCAAACUAAAUGAUUGCCAAGAAGCAAUCAAGUUAUGUUCAAAGGUACUAGAUUAUGAAUGCCAUAAUGUGAAAGCUCUGUAUAGGCGAGCACAAGCCUAUAUGGAAAUUGCAGAUCUGAUCUCAGCUGAAUUAGACAUCAGAAAAGCCAUUGAGGCCGAUCCUCAGAACAGGGAGGUGAAGUUACUUCAGAAGACAUUGAAACAGCUUCAAACCGAGAGCAACAAGAGAGAUGCAAAGCUCUAUGCAAACAUGUUUGCUUUUGUGACUAGAGACUCAUCUGUGGCUACUAAGAAAUUAAAAGUCGAGAAAGCCGUGGAGGAGAAGCAGGAAGUGGUUGCGAUGGAAAUGGGAGAAGAAAUAGAUGGUUCAGCCCCUGACAAUGGCACGGUUGUGGAUUCCUGCUGAAGUAUACGUUAACGAAAUAUGGAAUGAUGAGAAAACUACAGGCUGUGCAUUUGAUACAGGUACAGAUACAGAUACCUGUGACCUAAUGUUAUUUUAUGUUCAUAAAAUCACACUUCAAAAAUUGAUUAUUAA